GAUGCGCGUCCUCCAAUCAGGUAGGUGGCGCUGCGCACACUCCAACUUAGUCCUUCAAGAGAAGUUGUUUUGAAAACGUCUGAUCUGUAGCAGUGUUCAUACAGUGGAGAAAGGGAUAUUUCAUCUUUCUAACUAAAAGGCCAGCCAGGUUGUCUUCAUAAUUGAUCAGCCUAUUGCUGUGCCCUCAGGCCAGCGUUUCAAAUGAACAUGUCCCUUGCUCAAAGAGUCCUCCUGACAUGGAUCUUCACGCUUAUCUUCCUCAUUAUGCUGGUCCUCAAGUUGGACAAGAAAAUCGACUGGAACUGGUUCCUCAUCUUCCUUCCUGUCUGGACCUUUGAUCUUAUUCUCCUCCUCAUGCUCAUUGUCAAAAUGGCAGGCCGCUGCAAGCCUGGGUUCGACCCUCACAACGGGGCGGAGAACUUGAAGAAGCGCGUGUGGUAUCUCGUGGCCAUGCUGCUUAAAAUGGCAUUUUGCCUGAUUCUCUGUGCCAAAUUACAGCACCUGACGGACAUCUUGGUGAGCUCGGUUUGCAUCCCUCUUUGGGUGCUGCUCAUCGGAGCCAUGGUGGAGCUGGGCUACAACGUUUUCCACUUCAGAAGAGACUGAACAUAUGAACGGUACUCUUUGAAAGCCACCAGAAAAGUCUUUACUGUAUUCUUCAGGAGUAAAAUCAUCUUGAAAGUAGAUGUUAUUCAUAAAGAAGGGAAUAUAUAUAUAACGGACAAUAAGAAUGUACAGCUAUUUAAAGCUCUUUAUCAGGAAUUGCUUGUUUCUUUCAGGCUCAAGGGUGAAGCUGAAUAGCCUACGUUUCGUGUUCACAAUGAUGCAGGCAGGGAGGUUUACGAAUUUUAUCUCAGUGGUGAGUUUCCACUCAGGUGACAGAAAUAACUGAUUGUGAAUGUUGCUCAGAAUAUUUAUUGCAUUUUAGUGAAACACUGAGAUCAUUAGCGGCAUACCAUAAUGGAAAUUUGAAAAAUAACUGUUAACGUGCUGCAUACACACUGUUUUUUCAACCAGUACUGUAACACAAUAUGGUUCGCUAACAAAAAAGACAUGUUCUAAUGGUGUAUAAUUUAGAGAUUAUAAGUCUUUCUUUAUCAUACACUUAUUUUUUGCAUUGCAAAACUCACAUAAUACAUGUUUACGGAAUUUAAUUUUCUCUUGUAUGGAGUGUGUAAAUGAUAAUAAAAAAGUAAUAACAACAUCCUUGUAAUUAUAAGAUACAUAUUUAUUUUCUUUACGACGAUGUUCAGUCCAUAAGUUCAUAGUUUUAUUUACAGAUGUUUCCAAGAUCACACAGAAGUGUUACAAUUCAGCAGAAACUGUUUUUGAGAUUGGAAAUUUGCUAAAUUUGUAUUAUUGCUUGCUUUAUAGUUAUAUUUUAUUAUUGAUAUUUUAGUUAUUUAUUUAUUAGUUAAUUUUAAGUAAUUAUGAUCCUCCUUUUUAACUGAAAUUGAAAUUUCCUUUUAUUAGAAAGAAUUAUCUGUACAAGGUACUUUUCUGGGGUUUACAAUUUACAUAAAAACAAUUACAAUGUUUGAAAAUGAACAAUGAAUACAAUGAAAAUAAUAUAAAAAUUACAAAUUAUUUUAUUCAGCUGGUAAAAUAUUAUAUUUGUAUAAAAAAAUGACGAUAUAUUGUGAAUAUAUCCAUUUAAACAGUCAUGGAUUGGCCCAGAUUUACAAACAUUUUGGUGUUUGCAAGUAAAAAAAAAAAAUACAAUAUACAAAAAAAAAAA